AUGGACUCGGCCAUGCUGCGGACCCUCGUCGAGGUGCAGUCCCGCGCCUCGGCCCACGGCGGCGGCAGCGGCGGCGAUGAGGCGUCGCACCCGCUCGCGGCGCCGGCCAAGGCCGUGCCGAGGACGUACCCGGGCGCGCCUCACGUCCGCGGCGAUUCGGUCGAGCUGCAGCGGUUGCCGACGCACGGACAAGCGGCCGCCGGCACCGGCACCGACUCUUUCGGAGACGGAGACGUCGAGAUGAGCCGGCCGAGCACGCCGACGAGCGGCGGGGGGACGGCCGCCCCCGUCGCGACCAUUGCGACCGUGUGGCAUCCGUUUAUGAACCGCUUCCGCCUGCUGGCCAUGUGCCUCACGAACCUGGGCAACGCGCUGAGCGAUGGCGCGGCCGGCGCGCUGAUUCCCUACAUGGAAAAAUACUACAACAUCGGCUACGGCGUCGUCUCGCUCAUCUUCGUCGGCCAGGCGCUGGGCUUCGUCGUGGCGGCGCUGGUCCUCGACACGCUGCGCAACCGGCUCGGGCGAGCGCGGCUGCUCGGGCUGGGCCAGGCCAUGAUGACGCUCGCGUACGUGCCGCUCGUGGCCGAGGCGCCGUUCGUGCUCGUCGUAUUCGCCUUCUUCUUCGUCGGCUUCGGCAUCGCCGUCAACGUCGCCAUGGGCAACACGUUUUGCGGCGGCCUGCACAACGGCACGCUCAUGCUCGGCCUGCUGCACGGGUGCUACGGCGUCGGCGGCAUCGCGGGCCCCCUCGUCGCCACGGCGCUCGUCACCGUCGCGCACGCCGUGUGGGCGCGCUACUACAUCAUCACGCUGGGCAUCAGCCUGCUGACGCUCGUAUUGACGCUCUGGACGUUUUGGGGCUACGAGAAGGAGGAGGCGGACGAGGAGAAGGAGCAGCGGCGGCGGCAGCAGCAGAGAAGGCAGCGGGAGCGGCGCGAGUCGUCUGGCUCCGGCUCCGCGAGUGGCGAGCAGCAGCAGCAGAUGCCGGGCACCACUGAAGUGUCGUCGCCGCCGUCACCGUCACCGUCACCGCCGCCUCUGCUGAGCAUGUUCACGGCGCUGAGGCUGCGCGUGGUGCUGCUGGGCGCCGUCUUCAUCUUCGCGUACCAGGGCGCCGAGGUGUCCAUCUCGGGCUGGGUCAUCUCCUUCCUGAUCCACGGGCGCGGCGGGGACCCCUCGUCGGUCGGCUACGUGUCGGCGGGCUUCUGGGCGGGCAUCACGCUGGGGCGCUUCUUCCUGUCGGCGGCCGGGGCUCAGCGCCUGGGCGAGAAGCGCUUCGUCUACGGGCUCGUGGCCGGCGCGCUGGCCUUCCAGCUGCUCGUCUGGUGGGUGCCCAACGUCGUGGGCGACGCCGUGGCCGUGUCCGUCGUCGGCCUCCUGCUCGGGCCCAUAUACCCGUGCGCCGCGGCCGUCUUCAUGCGCGGCAUGGCGUCGCGCGACGUGCUGAGCGGCAUGGGCACCAUCAGUGCGUGCGGGAGCCUGGGCGGCGCGGUGGCGCCCUUCAUCACCGGUCUGCUGGCCCAGGCCGUGGGCACGUCGGUGCUACACCCCAUCGUCAUCUUCCUGUUUGUCGUGAUGCUGCUGUGCUGGUAUGGGGUCCCGCUCGAAGAUAAGAGAACCGAGUAGUUGGUUACUGGAUCGGGU